AUGCAACAGCAGGUCGGUACUCAGGGACUGAGUGGUCCGGAGACGCCUUCCACUGGGUCACCAGACGGGUCCAUAUCAGAUGGGGAGAGCUGGCCCCCCAGCGCCGCUUCAACCCGCGCCAAUAGCCGUGCGAACAGCCGAGCGCCGAGCUUCAGCCAUGCAAGACCGGGAUCUGAGGGUGACCCUCGCUCGAGAAAGCCAUCCUUUUCUUCAAAGUCCGUGGAGAAGGAGGGAAAGGUCGACGGAUACGUGACGACUGCACUGCCUCUAAGAGACCAACCGCCUAUUCGCACAGAUUCAGCUACUCCCACGCGGCCAAAGACUAUUUCCCGACCACCGUCCCUCCAUUCUGACUCCGGGCACAAGUUCCAGCUAAAAGACUUAUUAGCAGCGACACCGAAACUGAACCGCAAGUCGUCAGCGAGGUCGUCAGCAAGUAGCAAAAAGUCCGACUCCGAUGGUGAUAGACGCUCCACUGCUGGCGACAGUACCGCCAGUUUGUCGAAAAAAUAUGGUGUUUGCGAGCGACUUGCCAUUGGGAAAGGUGCCACUUCUGUCGUUCGAUUAGCUCAUAAGUGGGAUCGGUCCGAGGAGAAGCUCUAUGCCGUCAAAGAGUUCCGGAAAAGGCGGAAGAACGAGACCGAAAAAGAAUAUGUUAAGAAGCUUACUGCGGAGUUCUGCAUAUCGUCAACUUUACAUCAUGUCAACAUCGUUGAGACUGUCGAUUUAGUUCAGGAUGAGAACAAGCAUUGGUGCGAAGUGAUGGAAUUCUGCCCGGGCGGUGAUCUAUAUGCCGCAAUCAAGAAGGGCGGUAUGUCUCCGAGCGAGGUUGAAUGUUGCUUCAAGCAAAUCAUGUCCGGUGUCGCCUAUUUACAUAGCCAAGGCGUGGCGCAUCGGGAUAUCAAACCAGAGAACUUGUUCUUCAAUUCCCGUGGACAGCUGAAGAUUGGAGAUUACGGGGCGUCUACCGUGUAUCGUCUUCCGUGGGAGACAACGGUGCACAUGUCAACGGGUCUCUGUGGCAGCGAGCCGUACAUCGCACCAGAACAAUUUGCAAACAAGCCAUAUGAUGCCCGUUUGGUCGAUAUCUGGGCUUGCGGGAUCGUGUAUUAUUGCCUUCAUUUCCAGGAGCUUCCUUGGAGGGUUGCGCAAAAUUCAGACCCGCUUUACGCCGCAUAUGCUCAGGCGUGUUCCUCCACAUCCCCAGCACAGUCCUCUUGUCCACCGACGAUAAACAAUCUCUCCCCUCGACCAUGUCGGCCGCUAAUUCGUAAGAUGCUUGACCCGGAUCCGAAAUCGCGGUGGACUGUCGAGGAGGUUAUCGCGUUUCCGUGGGUACAGAGCAUUGAGGUCUGUCACCUUGUCGAGAAGCCGACUCACGUCCACGUGUAUGCACGCUCUCUCGCCGAGGCGCAAUCGCGCGAAGCGCAUAAUCGGGAGUUUCUUUGA